GUUCUUCAUCAUCAAGCAACUUUACAGCACAAACACACACAAUCAACUUUUCUAUUCAUCCCUACCAAGCUAUGGGUAACCAUAUCCGUCCCGCAACCGAAGCCGAUCUUCCAGCCCUGAAGGACAUUGUCCUCAGCGGUCUUGUCAACGACUCCAUCUGGCACUACUGCUUCCCCAACCCUACAUCAUCAGAAGCUGGAGACUACGUUGAGAGCAUUCUCAAAAAGUGCCUCGAUCCUCAAAACUCCAACUGGCUCAUCUCUGUUGUCGAUGCCCCCAAGACGCACAAGCCUGUGGCUGUAGCCGUCUGGCAGGAGCUCCACGAGAAUGACAGCGAGGAAAACAAUGUCCACAACCAGGUCCACCGAGUCCUCGAUGCCCCCAGCACCGCAAGUGACAAGGUGGCGAAGCGCAUCGCAGCGCUACAGGCGGUCGUCACACAGACUCAGCAGACGUACCUUGCCCGGUACGGCCAGCUAAUGUUUGUGCAUGCCGUCAUCACGCAUCCCCACUACAAGCUCCGGGGCUUCGCCAAGCUCCUUUGCAAGCAGAGCCUGCAGGUGGCGCGUCAAAAGGGCCUCGUCGCGAUGGGCCUGGCCAGCCCCUUUAGCGGCUACGUCUUUUACUCGGGCACCAGCUUCUCCAACUGCGGGCGCACCGUGGUCGAGCAGGCCGAGGGGGGGCUCGACAAGAUUGAGCUCCAGAUCAUGGUGUGCGCGCCGCCCCGGAUGCCCGACUCCCGGCGGAGCUCGUUCAUGGGGUUCCUGGGGUCCAACAAGCCGCCCACCCCGGACAGGAGGGAGUCACACGAUAAGGGGACCGAGCACAGGCGGGGUUCGUUCCUUGACGUGUUUAGUUUUGGGGGGAGGAGACCUAGCAGCGACCAUCACGUCGAGACAGUUGACGAGCGACGCAGCUCACACCACAUUUAGACGGAGGAUUCUAUGAGGCCUUUUCUGUUUAUUUUUCCUUUGUCUUUUUUUUAUUUACUUGUUUCUAUUAAACAGAAGCGGCGUCUUCUACGAGGUUACGAGCAAUGCAAACAUUUGGCAAUCGCAUGAUGCCCAGCCAUUUCUUUUUUUCCUCUUCCCUGUCUGCCACCCACUGAUCUUCACCGUCAGAUCAUCAGCGACUUUACUUGGCUGAUCAGUAACUCUUCUGCAUGAUGACCUCGCGAGAAAUUAUCGUGAGUCUUGGGGAGUUUUGUUUUUCGCCUUAUUUUUCUUGGUCUUUAUCCCUGUCUAAGAUCAAUGCAUUUUACGCAUGUAUUAUC